AUGGCGCCUCGCGACCAAAGUCCUCGCGCAAGCGACAACCGCCGCCCAUACUCAGACCGCCGCGACCACAACCCAAGAGACACACGCGACACCCGCGACUCACGACCCCGCCGCGACAGAAGCAACUCCCGCGAUCGCGCUCCCCACUCUUCCCGCGGCGGCGGCAGAGGCGGCAACGCAUACAGAGGCUCAGACCGCGACAAUCGUCAAAACCGCUCUCGCUCUCCCAAUCGCUCCUCCUACAAUGGCAACAACAACAACACACGCCAACGUUCUCCUCCCCGCGCACCACGCGGCGCACCCAACACCCGCGAUCGCAAACCUGUCAAAGCUGAAGAACCUCCUGCUCAAGUGAUCGAUCCCAACGAGGAUGAGGAGACUGCGAUGAAGAGGGUGAUGGGUUUCGUCGGCUUCAGGAGUACGAAAAACACAAAAGUGCCGGGAAAUGACAAGUUGUAUGGUGUGAGGAAGGACAAGAAGACCGAGUACCGACAGUACAUGAACCGUGUCGGUGGAUUCAACAGGCCUUUGAGUCCUACGAGAUUGUGA